AUGACUGUUCCACCGAGAUUCUCUAACUCGGGAAACCAUAAGGAGGAGAUGUUCCCUGGAUUCCUGUCUAGCUGUGUGCCCUCUUCUUCAGCCCCUUCUCUGGUCUUCCCAGCUCGUUGCUUGCCACUCUCCAACUGUUGCUAUCAAGGGACUUCAAAGAUCACUCACAGGCCAGUUCAUCCAACCUCUCUUCACUUCUCCUCCAACAGACUAAGCACCAUCUCUCUGUCCAGUUUCCUUGGACAGACCAACUAUGGGCGUGAAAUCCGCCAGUCCCACUGCAGCCUGUGCCCAGUCACCAUCACCUCGUUAGACACUUCUCCCUACUUGCUUCCUGUCUGGGUUCUCCACUCAAGCCUACAUAGUUGUUGCCCCAUCACCCAACAUCAGUGCCUGACCUCACCGAGGCUCUUGUGUCUCAAUGCAGUUUGCCGGGAGAGCUGUGGUGAUGGUUUCUGCUCCAGGCCCAACAUGUGCAUCUGCUCUAGUGGCCAGAUAGCCACAACCUGUGCCACCAAAUCAUCGGUCUGUGAGAAGAUCUGUCAGAAUGGUGGACGCUGCAUUGGACCAAACCGUUGUGUGUGUGUGUACGGCUUCACUGGACCGCAGUGUGAGAGAGAUUACCGAACAGGCCCGUGCUUCAUCCAGGUGCUCAAAAGGAAGUGUGCAGGUCAGAGCAGUGGAUUUGUGUGUAGUAAGACUCUGUGCUGUGGCACAGUGGGUCAGGCGUGGGGUCACCUGUGUGAACUGUGCCCUGUUCUCAGCUCGCCCUGCAGCAGAGGAUUUACCCCAAACACCCGCACGGGAGCCUGCCAAGAUGUUGACGAAUGUAAACUUGUGCAUGAUGUGUGUAAAGGAGGAAAGUGCAUCAACACAGUGGGCUCAUAUGAAUGCAGAUGUGCGACAGGUUACCAGCAGCACAUCAGUUCACUGAAGUGUGAGGAUGUGGAUGAAUGCUCCUCUGCUCAGCGUGUGUGUGACGGAGGACUCUGCAUGAAUUCAGCAGGCAGUUUCUUUUGUGUGUGUCAGUAUGGAUACGUGCUGUCUGCAGACCAGACACGCUGCCUCAAGCAGCACAUAGGUGUGUGUUUUGCGUCCGUUGUGAAUGGGCGCUGUGUUCGGGAGAUCAGUGGACACUUCAGUAAAAUUCAGUGCUGCUGUGACCGUGGACUCUGCUGGAGUCAACAUACAGCUCAUGAAAUGUGUCCUGUACCGGGAUCAGAUGAAUACUUCAGGAUAUGUCUGGUGGGCUCUGCCUUGAGUGGCUAUAGUGAAGAGGAUCCUGAUAAAAUCCCUCAUCAUACCAGCAGCUUCAGUCCUACUCAUAUUGACCAGAUACUCCACCCAUUUUAUAAUAAUGGGCAUAUAUUACCUCAGUUUCCCCAAAUUCCCCAAAUCCCUCAAAUUCCUCAGAUACCAGUGAAUGGUAAUGGAUUUAGACCACAACGACCUGUCGUUAGUGUGAAUGAGACUGUAAACAGAUGUCGUCUGUUUCCUAACCUGUGUCUGAACGGACGCUGUGUACCUGUGGGGUCUGACUACCGCUGUAACUGCGACACUGGAUACAGAGUGGACAACAGUGGAGAAUGCUCAGAUGUGGAUGAGUGUGUAUCUGAACCCUGCCCUAAUGGAAACUGUAUCAACACUCCUGGUUCCUACCACUGCAGAUGCCACACAGGCUUUCUCAGGAUUCCAGGCAAACAGACCUGCAUUGAUAUUGACGAGUGUCUUCAGAAUGGCAUGCUGUGUAAGAAUGGCCACUGUCUGAACACAGAGGGCAGUUUUCAAUGCAUCUGUAAUGCAGGAUUCAAGCUCACACCUGAUGGGAGAAACUGUGUGGAUCAUGAUGAAUAUGCCACCACAAACAUGUGUCUGAAUGGCAUGUGCAUCAAUGAAGAUGGCAGCUUUAAAUGUGUGUGUAAACCUGGAUUCACCCUUAACCCCAGCGAACGCUACUGUACAUAUAUGGAUGAGUGCCAGACUCCAGGUGUGUGUAUGAAUGGACGCUGUGUGAACACUCAUGGUUCUUUCAGGUGUGAAUGUUUUGCAGAUCUUACUGUUGGAAUAGAUGGACACACAUGUGUAGACACACACAUGCACAGCACCUGUUAUGGGGCUGUAAAGAGAGGCUUGUGUUUACGGCCGUUCCAACAUGCCGUUACCAAAUCACAGUGCUGCUGUGCCAACCCUGACUAUGCCUUUGGUGAGCUGUGCCACCCUUGCCCUGCAAAAAACUCAGUUGAGUUUCAGACAUUGUGUCCAAGUGGAGUUGGAUUCUCCGCUGAUGGAAAAGACAUUAAUGAGUGCACACAGGAUGCUGAUAUCUGUCUUAAUGGAGUGUGUGAGAAUCUUAGAGGGAGUUUCCGAUGCGUCUGUCACGCUGGAUAUGAAAGUGUGAAGAACGGCAGGAACUGUGUGGAUAUUGAUGAAUGUGCAGUGAACAGUCUUCUCUGUGAUAAUGGACUGUACCGGAAUGCUCCAGGCAGCUACAGCUGCACCUGCCCUGCUGGAUUCUCCUUCAGACAUAAUACAGAGACCUGUCAGGAUGUGAAUGAGUGUGCGAGCGCUCCGUGUAUUAAUGGAGUGUGUAAGAACAACGCAGGCUCUUUCUCCUGCGAGUGCUCACUAGGAAGUAAACUGGACUUCACUGGACUUAUAUGUGUUGAUAAUUUGAAGGGCUCAUGUUGGUUAACACUUCAGAAUGGCCGCUGUGAAGUCAAUAUAAAUGGCAGUACACUCAGGUCACAGUGUUGUGCUACGCUUGGAGUGGCCUGGGGCAGUCCAUGUGAACCAUGUCAAACCGAUCCUGUAUGUGAACGAGGAUUUGCUCGAUCAAGAGGUGUUUCAAGUGAAGAUGUGAAUGAGUGUGAGGUGUUUCCUGGUGUGUGUUAUAAUGGAUACUGUGUGAACACUAGAGGGUCUUUUAAAUGUCAGUGUCCAGAGGGUCUUACACUGGAUGUUACCGGACGUCUCUGUGUGGACGUACGUUUGGAGCCCUGUUACCUGACGUAUGAUGAAGACAUGUGCACACAGCUGGUGUCUGGACGGUUUCAUAUGGAUGCAUGUUGCUGUACAGUGGGUGUGGCCUGGGGCAAAGAGUGUGAGUUAUGCCCAGAGCCUGGCACACGCCAGUAUGAUGCUCUGUGCCCGAGAGGACCAGGCUUUGCCAACAAAGGAGACAUGCUCACCGGCAAAGAUGUCUAUAAUGAUAUCAAUGAGUGGAAAGUGUUCCCAAGCAUUUGCACUCAUGGAAAAUGCCGGAACACCAUUGGAAGCUUCAGAUGUCGCUGUGACAGUGGCUUUGCGUUGGAUAUAAAUGAGCUGAACUGCACAGAUAUUGAUGAGUGUAUGAUCUCUCCAGAUGUGUGUGCUCAUGGCACAUGUGUGAACACACUGGCCAGUUUUAAUUGUGACUGUUUUUCCGGCUAUGAGAGUGGCCUUAUGAUGAUGAAGGACUGCAUAGAUAUUGACGAGUGUGAGAUAAAUCCCUCACUGUGCCAUGGCGGAACCUGUGAAAACACUGAUGGCAGCUAUAAGUGUAUGUGUCCACCUGGUCAUCAACUGUCCAUAGACAGUAGUGCCUGUGAAGAUGUGAAUGAGUGUGAGCUGAGUGCCACAUUGUGUCGUAAUGGCAGCUGUGUGAAUGUGGUGGGGACCUACCAGUGCUCCUGUAACUCUGGUUACCAAACAACACCUGAUAGAAAAGGGUGCACAGAUAUAGAUGAGUGCACUAUAGAGAAUGGAGGAUGUGAAGUUUACUGUAAUAAUUCAGAGGGCAGUUACUUCUGCAGCUGUGGUAAGGGUUACACAUUGAUGCUGGACCAGCGGACAUGUGCAGAUGUGAAUGAAUGUGAGGAGUAUGUUGACAUCUGUGAGGGUGGUCAGUGCACUAAUGUCCCUGGAGAAUAUCAUUGUCUGUGUUAUGAAGGAUUCAUGGUUUCUGUGGACAUGAGGGCAUGAAUCGAUGUGAAUGAGUGUGAACUCAACGCUAACAUCUGUAUGUUUGGAGAAUGUGAGAACAUCAAGGGUUCCUUUAUCUGUCACUGUGAGAUGGGUUACUUGGUGAAGAAAGGAACCUCUGGCUGCACUGAUGUUGAUGAGUGUGAUAUUAACGCUUAUAACUGUGACAUACACGCCACCUGUAUCAACACACCUGGACAUUACCACUGCUCCUGUAAAGACGGAUGGGCAGGUGAUGGAGUCAAAUGUGCUGAUGUGGAUGAGUGCACUAACGGGACUCAGGUGUGCAGCUCUGAUGCUCAGUGUGUGAAUACAGCAGGCUCUUACCACUGCAUCUGCUUUGACGGUUUCACUGGAGAUGGAUUCACCUGCUCAGAUAUGGAUGAGUGUGCAGAUGAUGUAGAUCUGUGUGAAAAUGGCCAGUGUCUGAAUGUUCCUGGUGAAUAUCGCUGUGAAUGUGAGAUCGGCUUUACACACACUGCAAACAGCAAAACCUGUCAAGAUAUAGAUGAGUGCUCUUUCCAGAACAUCUGUGUGUUCGGCACAUGUCAGAAUAUGCCGGGAAUGUUCCGGUGUAUCUGUGAUGAUGGUUAUGAAAUGGACAAGACAGGAGGGAACUGCACAGAUGUGGACGAGUGUCUUGAUCCCAUCAACUGUGUUAAUGGUCACUGUGAGAACACGGCCGGCUCUUAUCAGUGUAACUGUCCCAUUGACUUUGAACUCAACCUUACUGGAAUCGUCUGUGUUGACACUAGAGCAGGAAACUGUUUUCUAGAGGUGGCGUAUCUUGGCCAUGGUAGGCUGACGUGUAACGUUGAGGCGGGAUUUGGAGUUAGUCGUUCGUCCUGCUGUUGUUCUCUGGGACGAGCGUGGGGUAAACCUUGUGACCUCUGCCCUCCUGUCAACACCUCGGAGUAUAAUACACUAUGUCCUGGAGGAGAGGGGUUCAAACCCAACCCCAUCACCAUAAUCCUGGAAGAUAUCGAUGAAUGUCAGGAGCUGCCGGGCCUCUGUCAGGGUGGAAACUGUACCAAUACGUUUGGAAGUUUCCAGUGUGACUGUCCCACUGGAUAUCACCUCAACAUCGACAACCGUAUCUGUGAGGAUAUCGAUGAGUGUGUGCACAGUUCGCGGGUUUGUGGUCCAGGCACCUGCUACAACACACUGGGCAACUACACGUGCGUGUGCCCGCAGGACUACAUGCAAGUAAACGGAGGAAACAGCCGCAUGGAUAUGAGGAAAAGUCUGCGUUACCGUAGUUACAAUACGUCCAACUGUGAACACCAGUUGACCUUUAACACCACACAGAGACUGUGCUGCUGUGCCUACAAUAUGGGCAAAGCCUGGAAUAAACCCUGCCAGGCCUGCCCAACCACUGGCACAGGUGGCUUUCAAAGUCUCUGUGGCAGUGUGACUGGAUUUAAGAUUGAUAUUGAAACAGGAAAACCGAAAGAUAUUGAUGAAUGUCAUGAAAUCCCAGGCAUCUGUGCUCAUGGUGUGUGUAUCAACCGUAUUGGCAGUUUCCGUUGCGAGUGUCCGACCGGCUUCAGUUAUAAUGACCUGCUGCUCAUCUGUGAAGACAUUGAUGAGUGCAGCAGUGGUGAACGUGUGUGUCAGAGAUAUGCUGACUGCAUCAACCGUCCAGGCGGCUAUCAGUGUGAAUGUUCUGAUGGUUACAUACUCUCACCUAAUGGAGAAUGCACUGACCGUAACGAGUGUGUGGAGAUGCCAAAUGUGUGUCAUCAUGGAGAUUGUGUGGACAUACCAGGAGGGUACGAAUGUGUGUGUCAGAGCGGCUUUACAGCAACACUAAACCGCAGAAUGUGCAUGGAUGUUGACGAGUGCUCAUAUCAACCAUGUGGGAACGGCACAUGUAAAAACUCUGUGGGCUCUUAUAACUGUAUCUGUCAUCCUGGAUUUGAGCUCGCCCAUAAUAACUACAGUACAGAUACUGACGAGUGUUCAGUGUUUUACUCUCAGCUCUGCAGGAACGGCCAGUGUGUUAAUAAUGUGGGAUCCUUUCAGUGCCUGUGUAAAGAGGGUUUUGAACUCACUCUGGAUGGCAAGAACUGUAUAGAUAUUAAUGAGUGUAGAAUGAUCCCUGGGACAUGUGCUUCUGGAACAUGUGUGAAUCUGGAUGGAUCUUUCAGAUGUGUGUGUCCUAAAGGUUAUAUUGUCCACAAUGAGCAUUGUGCAGAUGUGAAUGAGUGUUCAGAGGAGCCUGGCAUCUGUAUGUAUGGCUCCUGCUUCAACAGUCUGGGCAGCUUUGAGUGUGUGUGUAAACCUGGAUUUGUGCAGUCAGAAGAUAAACGCCGCUGUUAUGACACUAGAGAGAGCUUCUGUUUUACACUCUUUGAAAAUGGCAAGUGCUCCAUACCACAGGCAUUCAACACUAGCAAGGCCAAGUGCUGUUGUAGUAUAAUGGCUAAAGAGGGCUGGGGCGACCCCUGUGAGCUGUGUCCUAAAGAACACAAUGCUGGAUUUCUGGAUCUAUGUCCUUUUGGUCAUGGGAUUGUUUCAGGUGUUGGGGACACAUGCAUCGAUUUGAAUGAGUGUGUGGAGAACCCAGAGAUAUAUGUGAAUGGCCGCUGCAUCAACACAGAUGGCUCCUUCCGCUGUGAAUGUCCCACAGGCUACACACUGGACUUCACAGAAACAAACUGUGAUGAUAUUGACGAGUGUUCUGUUGGAAACCCGUGUGGAAAUGGCACAUGCUCAAAUGUGAUUGGGGGAUUUGAGUGUCUCUGUAAGGAGGGAUUUGAGCCUGGACCAGUGAUGAGCUGUGAAGAUGUGAAUGAAUGUGGUCAGAAUCCUCUACUCUGUGCGUUUCGCUGCAUUAAUACUUUUGGGGCGUAUGAAUGUAGCUGCCCACCCGGUUACACACUGCGAGAGGACAGACGUAUGUGUCAGGAUGUGGACGAGUGUGCAGCAGAUCUUCAUAACUGUGACUCCAGAGGAAUGGAGUGUAAGAACUUAAUCGGCACCUUCAUGUGUGUGUGUCUAGCCGGGAUGAUUCACAGGAUGAAUGAGGAGGUGUGUCAAGAUGAAAAUGAAUGUCUAACUCAAACUGGUGUUUGUGAGAAUGGCCGAUGUGUGAAUACUGUGGGCAGCUACACGUGUGAGUGCGCUGUUGGGUUUAAACUCGACUCUACGGCCACACAAUGCCUCGAUUACAGGAAAGGGUUCUGCUUUACUGAUGUUCUGCACACCAUGUGUCAGAUGUCGUCCAGCAGUCGUGCUGCUGUCAGCAGAUCUCAGUGCUGUUGUCAUGGAGGUCGGGGGUGGGGUAACCAGUGUGAGCUAUGCCCUCUGCCUGCCUCUGCCAACUACAAGAAACUGUGCCCAUACGGGCCGGGAUAUGCAACUGAUGGAACAGAUAUAGAUGAGUGCAAGGUGAUUCCAGGUGUUUGUGUGAAUGGUGUGUGUAUCAAUAUCAUGGGCUCUUACAGAUGUCACUGUGAAGCAGGAUACACAGCCUCUGCUGCAGGAUCUGCAUGUGUUGAUGUAGAUGAGUGUGGUAUGUCCCCCAAACCCUGUAACUUCAUGUGUAAGAACACAGAUGGCAGCUACAUGUGCUCCUGUCCGCGGGGUUACACGCUACAGGACGACAGCAGGACAUGCAAAGAUGUGGAUGAGUGUCAGAGCAGACGACACAACUGUCAUUUUUCAUGUGUGAACACCAUUGGUGGAUUUAACUGCAAAUGCCCUGCAGGCUUCAGCCAGCACCACACUUCCUGUAGAGAUAUCAAUGAGUGUGUGUCAGAUUUGAGUGUGUGCGGCUUGCGGGGCAUCUGUCACAAUUCAGCAGGCAGCUUCAGCUGUGAGUGUGCACAGGGCUUCAGUCUGGACUCGAGUGGACUUAACUGUGAUGAUAUAGAUGAGUGUGCAAGUGAUCAGAGGUGUCAGUUUGGUUGUCAGAAUGUUGCAGGUGGGUUCCGCUGCAGCUGUCCACAGGGCUACACACAACACCAGCAAUGGAACCAAUGUGUGGAUGAGAACGAGUGUUCGAACCCACGCCGCUGUGGCUCUGCAUCCUGUUUCAACACGCUGGGAAGUUUUAAGUGUGGCUGUCCUUCUGGAUUCACCUUCGACCCCAUGUCCAUGAACUGUGCAUUUGUGGACGAGUGUGUGUCGUUUGAGAAGCCCUGCAGGUACGGCUGCUCGAACACACAGGGCGGAUUCAUGUGCGGCUGCCCCGCGGGCUAUAACAGAGCAGGACAUGGACACUGUGUAUCUACUGCUGGUUUUGGACGGGUUGGGUUUGAAUCUACAGCUGGAAUCAGACCAGAAGAAGACAACAGUCUUUCAAAUACUCACCAGAACAAAACUGUGGGAAGAAGACACACUUCAAACUUUACACUGCCACAACAGUUCAUGCAGGAAGUUCAUCUCUCCAGUAUGGAUGUGAAUCAGCCAUUUAAAUUACAGCUGAACAACUCCGAAGUUAAUCCCAGUGCACCCAUCCUUAAGCUGCUGCCUGCCGUCAGAGCGCUCGCACAACAUGUCAUGUACACCAUCACCGCCGGCAACCACGAUGGAUUCUUCCAGAUCAGACAGCGCGCAGGAAGUCUCCUGUCAGACACUACAGACUGAAGAUCAGCAGUUCAUCACUCUAUAACAUGAGUGACAGAGAUGGUCAAACUCUACACCUGACCCUGUACAUUACACUGCAGUAGAGCAUCACUUCAGCCUCUUAAACUUCUAAGUAAUUGUGUCAGUAUGUAGACACUUUUGAACACAAGUCACUCUUAGCAAAUGCAGCUGGAUCUUUUCUGAGUGAUUUUUGCUCAAUGACAUUGAAUGAACUGGUGUUGUGGUAAUUUUUAGUGGAUGUAUGAAGUCUGUUCACUGUAAGUUCACACAGGUGUCCUAACAGAGGAACCACAGGUAGAGUUCAGCACAUUCACUGUCAACACACUGACAAACACAAAGUAGCACAAGACUGCAUACAAUUGUCAAUCAUUUUUGCUUGAAAAAUCAUUUUAUUGUUGCUAUAAUUCUAAUAAAUAAAUGCCUGUUGGUUUGAUAUUUUGUUAUUUAAUGCAAAGACAUUCGUACAUUAUUAAGUGUUACAUUUGAGUUCAAAUACUUUAGGGGUACUCUAUAGUGACUGAUUACAUUGAUUUAAGUUUGUACAGGCUUACACCACACAAUCUUUACUGGAAUCUCAUGUAACAUCAAAUGUGUUUGAGAACAUGAAUACAUCUCCACAACACUACUACAGUAUUUCAGAAAUGUCUGUUCUCUGUUGAAGUGAUUGAGGUUUUAUUUUUAAAACGGAUGAUUGGAACUACUGCUACUGUCUACUAUAAAUAUCAGUUAUUUCAAAAAUGAUAAAGCAAAGGUCUGCAAGAGGCUAGAAAACAAAUGAACAAGUCUGUUUGAUAUUUAAAAUGUCAUGGUGCCAGUGGUUCUGCUCACCUAAAAAUGUAUAAUAAAACAAUUUGACAAGUUUUUGUAGUUGUUGUACUCGGCAGAUUGUCCAGACAGCAACUAACCUACACCGGUUCUGUUCUACUUCAUGCUGACACAGAUCUAACAGCCAGACAAGAUGAAGAGCUCCUGACUGCAGCUAAACUCCUGAACCAACACUGCUCCUGGAUGGCUACCUAUCUGCAGAAUUUAGUUCUUGCCCUGCUCCAACAAACCUGCCUGUCAUUUUCAAGCAAUCCUGAGCACUUUGAUUAGCUGGUUCAGGUGUGUUUAAUUAGGGUUGGAUCUAAACUCUGCAGGAAGGUAGCGGUGCUGGACAGGGUAGGCCCAGCCACUUACAAAGUGAUGGGUGCUUCUCAUUUCUGAAAUUGUGCAUUUUCGCUUCCCCGAGGACGCAUGAGCGAGGAAACAAGGAGCAUCUUAUGCGGAAGACUUUUUUGGUCGAAACACCUGACGCACAUAUUAAUUCUCCUCCUGCUCCACAUCUGACACAAUCGUUUUAAUUCAUGUAUCACCUUUGAAGUUUAAAUAAACCAUAACUGACACAUAAAUUAACAAUGCAUCUUGAAUUAUUAUGUUUUAAUAUGAAAAUAUGAAUCAGUCAUGUUUUAAUAACAUAACGACAAGAGCACUGAGGUACUGCAGCUGCACAAAAACCCGCUCUGAGAUGAUGUGUGAGCAGUACAUUUCAUUUACAAAUCAGUCUUGCUUUGAUUCCUUUGUCCUCGUUUCCUUUCCUUGCAUCCUUUCCUUGUUUGCUAAGAGGGAGGAGCUAGGAAACGAGGAAAGGAAAUGAGGAUGCACAAUUUUAGAAAUGAGAAGCACCCAAUGAUUGACCCUCCUCUCAAAGCGUCCACUGUUGUUAAUGGGACAUCAUAGAUUAGCAGUGGCUAGUGGAUGCAGAGGACAUAAAACUGGUAGAUCUCUGUUUUUUUUGAGCGUUUGUGGCAAAUUUGUCGCAAAUUACCCACUGUUAAUUUUCACAUGUAAAUGAGCUUUGCGGUAAACUUAUGGCAACUUGUCCAAUGUUGCCAAAGGUUUGCCAGAUGUUCACCACUACCAGCGAAGAGCUGCAAACUUCUGGCAGACAUUACAGUAAAUCAAAAGCUCAUUUGCAUGUGAAAAUUAGGAGCAGCAAAUUUGCAGCUAGUUUAGGUUUUUUGUAAGGGUAUGGCUGUAUCUUUGAAGCUACAGGUGAACUUUCCUAGCAUCUUCACGGCUUUUUAGUGAUGGAUUGUUUCAGAGCAGCUGUUGAAGCAAACUUGUCGGUGAUCUUGCCUCAGCACCAGUGUUCUGGUUUAGCUGGUUUAAAACUCAUCCUUGCCUGUUAAAUGGGUCUCUCAAACUCCUGCACCUGUCAAAGUCACACUCAAGAACAAGUACAUAGACCUGACUAAGUUCUCCAUCAGCCUUCUGGACACACUGUCAUGAACAGCCCUCCACAGUGAAAGCAAGAUGAUCCUGUACUGAUCAAUGGCUUGAGAACAUUCGUCUUUGGAGAUCCACGCUCUCUCAGCGCAUUUCCGCUGGUUUGCCACCUUGCCCCUGUCCUGGGUCACCUGCAAGAUCUUCCAAGUCUUGGGCCUCUCUUAAAUAACUUUAAGGGUAAUGCACUGGGGCCAGAGGCUUACCCUGCCCAAGCUGUUCUAAUGACCUCUAUUCCAACAGUCUCUUUGUGAACCCAAAGCAAUUUUGCAAAGAUGUCAUAUGUAAAAUUCUGCUACACAAAGAAACAGACUGAAAUGACUGAUUUUCAUUUCUGUUUAUUUUUAUGUAUUGCAAUAAGGAUGUACAAAGCAUUGAUACCCUUAACCGUUCAAAUGUUAGAAAAAAAAAAAGCAUAUGUGAGACAUAUAACAGUACAGUAUAUCAAAAUAUUACUGUUCCAGCGUGAUCAAAUCAGAUCCACCCUCAUAUGGUUUAGCAGGAAACUCAAACCACUGGUCAACAUGGCAUUUUUAAAAAGGCAUAUAAAAGAUAGAAAUGUGAUCAAACAUUGAAAUAGAGACCAAAAAAUGACUUCAAAAGUUUUUAAAAAAUAAAAUAACAUUUUACAUACAACUUAAAACUAUUUCAAACUAGCAUAAAGAAAUAUUUUUCACCAUAUUAAUUUGCAGCUAUAAUUCCACUCCCUUCAUUAAUGUGAUUAAGCUAUAAGAUAUUUACAGGUUAGUAAGGAAGUACAGUGGGAACUAUUGUUGGAGGGUGGGGAACUAUGUCGUUGACCUUGUGUUAAUGUUAUUAAACUCAUUUUCA